AUGAGUUUUAUCAUGAAGCUUCACAGACACUUUCAGCGGACAGUUCUUUUGCUUGCCACCUUCUGUAUGGUGAGCAUUGUCAUUUCAGCAUACUACCUGUAUACUGGCUACAAACAGGAGAACGAACUCUCUGAAAUGUCUUCAGAAAUGGAUUGUGGGGAACUUCCAUAUGUGCCAUAUAAAUUAAUGGAUCUAAAGACCAUGAAGCCCUUUGACCCAUUAAGGACAGACCCUAUUGUUCUGGUUUUUGUGGAGAGUCAAUACUCUUCCCUGGGUCAAGACAUCAUCAUGAUUCUCGAAUCAAGUAGGUUUCAGUAUCAUAUAGAAAUUGCUCCUGGAAAAGGGGACCUCCCUGUUCUGAUUGAUAAAAAUAAAGGCAAAUAUGUUCUUAUUAUAUAUGAAAAUAUUUCAAAGUAUGUCAAUAUGGACUCUUGGAACCGAGGCCUUUUAGAUAAAUACUGUAUAGAGUAUGGUGUGGGUGUCAUUGGAUUCUACAAGACCAGUGACAAUAGCCUACAGAGCUCUCCACUAAAAGGUUUCCCUUUUACAGUUCAUGGAAAUCUUGUCGUGAAAGACUGUUGCAUUAACCCUCAUUCUCCAUUGCUCCGAGUGACAAAAUCUUCUAAACUUGAUAGACGUUCCUUACCUGGAAGUGACUGGACAGUUUUCCAAAUCAAUCAUUCGGCAUAUCAACCAGUGAUAUUUGCCAAAGUCAAAACCCCUGAAAACUUUUCUCCCCCCAUUUCCAAAGGUGUUCUCUAUGCCACCAUCAUACAUGACCUAGGGCUUCAUGAUGGGAUCCAACGGGUUUUUUUUGGCAACAACUUGAACUUUUGGCUGCACAAGCUCAUCUUCAUAGAUGCCAUCUCCUUCUUGUCAGGGAAGAAACUCACAUUAUCCUUGGACAGGUAUAUUCUUGUGGACAUUGACGACAUCUUUGUGGGGAAGGAGGGAACAAGAAUGAAUACCAAUGAUGUUAAGGCCCUGCUUGAUACUCAAAAUCUUUUGAGAGCUCAAAUCACAAAUUUUACUUUCAACUUGGGAUUUUCAGGGAAGUUUUACCAUACAGGAACCGAAGCAGAAGAUGAAGGGGAUGAUCUCUUGCUGGGGUCUGUGGAUGAGUUCUGGUGGUUUCCUCACAUGUGGAGUCACAUGCAGCCCCAUCUCUUCCACAAUGAGUCAUCUCUGGUGGAGCAGAUGAUUCUUAACAAAAAAUUUGCCUUAGAGCAUGGCAUUCCUACUGACAUGGGCUAUGCAGUAGCCCCUCAUCACUCCGGGGUCUACCCUGUCCACGUCCAACUUUAUGAGGCUUGGAAGAAAGUCUGGAAUAUUAAAAUCACGAGCACUGAGGAAUAUCCACAUCUGAAACCAGCACGCUAUCGCCGCGGCUUCAUCCAUAAAAACAUCAUGGUUCUUCCACGACAAACUUGUGGUCUUUUCACACACACAAUUUUCUACAAAGAAUAUCCAGGAGGCCCUAAAGAACUGGACAAGAGUAUCCAGGGAGGAGAACUUUUCUUUACCCUUAUCCUCAAUCCAAUCAGCAUCUUCAUGACCCAUUUAUCCAACUACGGGAAUGAUCGCUUGGGUUUAUAUACAUUUGUGAACUUGGCCAACUUUGUGCAAAGCUGGACUAACCUGAGACUGCAGACUCUGCCUCCAAUGCAGCUGGCUCACAAGUACUUUGAGCUCUUCCCAGAGCAGAAAGAUCCUCUCUGGCAGAAUCCCUGUGAUGACAAACGCCACAGAGAUAUCUGGUCUAAAGAAAAAACCUGUGAUCGAUUACCAAAAUUUUUGGUAAUAGGACCUCAGAAAACUGGUACCACAGCUUUGUAUUUGUUCCUGGUUAUGCAUCCUUCCAUCAUUAGUAACUCCCCCAGCCCAAAAACCUUUGAGGAGGUACAGUUCUUUAAUAGAAAUAACUACCACAGGGGGAUUGAUUGGUACAUGGAUUUCUUCCCAGUGCCUUCCAAUGUAACUACUGACUUUCUAUUUGAGAAAAGUGCCAAUUACUUUCAUUCAGAAGAAGCUCCCAAGCGAGCAGCAUCUCUGGUCCCCAAGGCCAAGAUCAUUACCAUUCUCAUUGACCCCUCAGACCGAGCAUAUUCCUGGUACCAGCAUCAGCGAUCACAUGAAGAUCCAGCAGCUCUGAAAUUCAGCUUUUACCAGGUGAUCACAGCUGGUCCCCGAGCUCCCUCGGAGCUGAGAGUGUUACAAAAGAGAUGCCUGGUACCUGGCUGGUAUUCUACUCAUAUAGAAAGAUGGUUAACUUAUUUUCCUCCAUUUCAGUUACUUAUUAUUGAUGGGCAGCAGUUAAGAACUGACCCUGCUACUGUCAUGGACGAUGUACAGAAGUUCCUGGGAGUAUCUUCUCACUAUAAUUAUUCAGAAGCUUUAACAUUUGAUUCUCACAAAGGUUUCUGGUGUCAGUUAUUGGAAGAAGGUAAAACCAAAUGCCUUGGGAAGAGCAAAGGCAGGAAGUACCCCCCAAUGGAUUCUGAGUGUAGAACAUUUCUGUCAAGUUACUACCGUGAUCACAAUGUGGAACUCUCCAAGCUGUUACACAAACUGGGGCAGCCAUUGCCAGCCUGGCUAAGACAAGAGUUACAGAAAGUAAGAUAG